UUCUAAUCUGCAGGGACAAAGUUCGAGGUUCUGGACUUUGCUGUGAGAUUUUCAAGGAUCCUGUAACUCUUCAUUGUAACCACAGCUUCUGUAAAGCAUUUCUGGAUCAGUGCUGGAAAGAGAAGGAAACUCGGAUCGUCCACCCAAUUUCACGCUCAGGAAUAUUAUGGAUUCUAAAGCACAUACUGGAAUAUUCUGCAGUCUGCAUGAAGAGAAACUGAAGCUGUUCUGUGUGGAUGAUAAAGAGGCUGUCUGUGUUGUGUGUCAAACUUCAAAGAAACAUGAGAAUCACAAGCUCCGUCCUGUUCAGGAGGCUGCACAGGAUUAUAAGGGAGAACUCAAGACUGCGCUGAAGCCCUUGCAGGACAAGCUGGAAUCAUUUAAUAAAGUUAAAAACGAAUGUGAUAAAACAGCAGAGCACAUCAAGAAACAAGCCCAGCAAACAGAGAGGCAGAUAAAGGAGGAGUUUGAGAAACUUCACCAGUUUCUACGAGAUGAAGAAAAGGCCAGGAUAGCUGCACUGAGGAGGGAAGAGGAACAAAAGGGAAGAAUCAUGAAAGAGAAGAUUGAAAAACUUACAAGAGAAAUCUCAUCCCUUUCAGACACAAUCAGAGUGAUAGAAGAGGAGAUGGAAGCUGAAGACAUCUUCUUCCUGCAGAAGAACAAAGACACACAGAGAAGAGCCGAGUGCACACUGCAGGAUCCACAGUGUGUUUCAGGAGCGCUGAUAGAUGUAGCCGAGCACCUGGGCUCUCUGAAGUACAAAGUGUUGGAGAAGAUGCUGGGGAUUGUUCAAUACACUCCGUUGACUCUGGAUCCCAACACAGCACACCCUGAACUGAUACUGUCUGAGGAUCUAACAAGUGUGAGACUCGGCGACGAGUGGCAGCAGCUUCCUGACAACCCGGAGCGGUUUGAUAACUAUACUGGUGUGCUGGGCUCUGAGGGGUUCACUUCAGGGAAACACUGCUGGGACGUGGAACUGGGGAGUAAUACUUACUGGUAUCUGGGUGUGACUGAAGAGUCCAGCCAGAGGAAAGGGGAAUUCACCUGGAACCCAGAAGCAGGAUACUGGAUUAUAUCUCUGGAGGAUGGGGAUCAGUACUGGGCAUUGACCUCACCACUGACACGACUCACUGUGGAGAAGAAACCCCAGAAGAUCAGAGUUCAGCUGGACUGUGACAAGGGGGAGCUGGCAUUCUUUGACUCCAGUGAUAUGAGAAAACCUCUCUACACUUUUAAACACAGAUUUACUGAGAGAAUGUUUCCAUGGUUCUGGACUGGCUGUUCUGCUCCUCUCAGAGUGUGCCCUGUGAAGACAGUUAUAAAAGUGGACUAGCCCAAUGUGUUCAGCAUAAACAAUAGGGAUGAAUAAUAAUAAUAAUAAUAAUAAUAAUAAUAAUAAUAAUAAUAAUAAUAAUAAUAAUGACUGUCUGUCUAUUAAUAUUGAAAAGGAACUGAAACAUUUUAAAUAGAAAAUGAUGAUCAAUGUGACAAAUGUAAGGAUGUUUAGAAAACUAUUAAAUAUAUUCUAACAGAACAUGUUCACCCUCCUCCACCCCUCUCCCUCGUCACGUGACGCCGGUGUUUGAUCUUAGCGCCUCGAAUCCAUGUAGAAAUACAAUUACAAAAACUAGAACAUGAACUGGUUAAAGAACAACACUGAAUAAAGAAUAUGCGUUCUGGAAUAAUAUUCAAUUAAACACAAUGCUCUAUUGAUGUAUUAUACCAUCUACAGCUUUGCAAGCUCUGUAAAUAAUAACUCCCUCAAUGCUGAAUGAAUGAAUGAAUAAUGAUUGCUGGGCUGGUCCGCGGCGUUGUUGAAUAGAUCAGGAUAUUGUAUCAUUUAAUUGGUAAAUGUAUCGCUGUAAUAACUUGGAAGCUGCACAUUGUGAUCGUGUGGAUGUGUGUCUUUUGUGGUCGCUGUGAAACGGUCCCGCAAAUCACUGCUCCCGGAUCACAAAGGAUCGGUUCACUGCCCUCCCUUUGAUUUAAUGAAUGAUUUUUUUUUAAAAUAAUAAAAAGUAUAUAUUUUAAUUUGGACCUCGUGUGGGGUGUCUGUCCAUCUCCGUGUGGAUCUCGCUCACAGCAGCUGUGUGAAGGAAUCCGAAAGCAUUCGCAUACGAAGUUAAGGGAGUACUGACAGGUCACUGCCACCAGGGGGCGCAGUGCGGUUAGGAAAGUUAGUGAGGCGGCGCUUGGCGGUGACGCGCGUCUCCAGGUGUAGAGAAGCCACUCCGUGGC